CGCUCUUGACGGCCGAAAACCAACGAACGAUAUCAGAAGCAGUCGAACAGUCGCCAGUUGGGUUCGCUCAAAGAUACACUUUCCCUUUGCCGACGAUCGUGGCUUAUCGGCACCCCUCCACUGUCGACAUGAUCGCAGUCUCAACACUCGUAUAACCUCAUUCGGUAGGCGCGAACACCUGCGCGCCGAAAACGUGACUUUGUUUACAUCCCAAUAAAUAACAAUUAGUAUUCGAAAAAUUGUGAGAGAGAGUGUAGUGUAAACCGUAGAAAAAUGAGUUUUCGCAAACCGCGGAGAGAUUCCGAUGUUAUUCUCUCGAAUUUUAAUCACAAGGAGUUGCUCUUCAAGUUUCUUAUCAUCGGUGAUUACGGGGUCGGGAAAACUGCGAUUGUGAGGAGGUACACGGAAGGGAAAUUCUCGUCAAAUUACAAGAUCACAAUCGGCGCUGAUUUUGCGAUCAAAACCCUGGACUGGGAUCCGCACACUAAAAUAAACCUGCAGUUAUGGGACAUUGCUGGCCACGAGAGAUUCGGAUAUAUGACAAGAGUCUACUACAAAUACGCAGUUGCAGCAGCACUGGUCUUCGACAUAUCUCGAGUUGCAACUUUUCAAUCAGUUAAAAAGUGGCUCAGUGACCUGCGUGAAAAGGUCACGUUGCAGGACGGCUCUAAUAUUCCAAUAGUACUUCUUGCAAACAAAUGUGAUAUUCAACAUGCAGCAAUACCUACUGAGCAAAUAAUCAAAUUCUGUAAGGAGAAUAAAAUUGGAAAGUGGUAUGUUACGUCGGCCAAGGAAAAUAUGAAUAUUGACGACGCAAUGCAUUAUCUCGUGGAGAACGUCUUGAAAGCAAAGAUAGAGGACGAAAUAAGAGACUCGAUAAAGCUCCGCGAGACGCCACUUAUCACUGACAAAACCGGAUGCUGUAGGUCGUGAGAGUGGGGUAAAAACCCCACUCGAUUGAAACAUAAUCCUCCACGAAUUAUUGAAACAACUCAGUACAACACAAACACGACAUAUCAACAAACUGACAAUAAUUGUCGCCCCCAUCCGGGAAAUUUAUUCCACUGCUCUAAAAAUAAACAUUCCACUCAAAUGUACAAAUGUAAUACAAAUGUAUCACUCACUCGGGAAGAUAUAAUCAUUCAAAAAUAGUUUUAUACUUUUUAAAUGUAUAUUUUCAUCAUUGAAUUUUGUACAUAAACGAGUACCCGUAAUUAAUAUGUAAAUAGACAAGUUUGUGUAAAAUUUAUACGUAAAAUCGUCGAUAAUAAAAUCGCUCAAUAUUUA